UUGGUAUCACACAGAGGUAUGAGGUGGGAGCUCAGCCCCAAAUCCGUGCAGUGUGUUUCACAGACACUGAAGGGGAAAGAGAGAGACUACAUAUCCACACACACGCUGCAAGGGCAAAUCACUUUCUCGGCUGCUGUCCUCUCCCCAGUCUUCCUGGAUCUCCACACUGCAAAAGGCACAACAGAACCAGGUGGCUUUCGACUGUAUUCAGCUGCUGUGGGUCUAAACGGACUUGCAGCACAGUCUUCCCGUAGUCCUCUCCCCGUCACAUCUGCGAAGGAGUAGCAUUUGGACUUGAGCGCAAAAGCAGGGCAGGUGUGGAGGCAACUAGUUAAGAACAUGAGCCGAGACGACCCCACGGAUGGGUGAUUAGAGAAGCGAUCCGUGCACUGUGUGGUUGCUAGUCGAUUCCUAGAGUGUUAAAGCCUCCGCUAACAAGGUAAUUCGGGCGAGUGCUUAUCCCGGGUGCAUACAGAAGCCGCUUGACUCUGAAAUCAAGGAUGAUGUCCAGCUCCACCUGAACGUACACUUCUGAGAUCCCGUCAGUGUAAUGAACUUCAUCAGUCACCAGUUCGCCUCUUGAGAUUAGGCGUCUCUGAAGAAGACUAUAUUUCCUGUCUCGCCAUGAAGUCAUUGACCUUCCUAAUCCUCUCAGUAUUGGCUGGACUGUCUGAAGCCACAUUCCCUGAUGACAGUGGACCCCUCAGCACUGGGUCAAUGGACUACAUGAAGCACAGCAUAGUCUUUGUCGGAAAUGGACCAGGAGCAAGCCCUGGCCUUACAGAGAGGCUAGAUUUUCAACGGAUACUGAAAGUAAACAGGACCCUUUUCGUAGGUGGAAGGGAUCAUCUAUACAGUGUGGAUUUGGAUGCACCAGUGGCAGACGAAAUGCUUUAUAACAAAAAACUGACAUGGCGAUCGAAUCAACAUGACAUUGAUAUCUGCAGAAUGAAAGGCAAAAAUGAGGCAGAAUGUCGGAACUUUAUCAAAGUUCUUCUGAAGAGAAAUAACAGUGUGCUUUUCAUCUGUGGGACAAAUGCUUACAAUCCAGUGUGUGCAAAUUACACAAUGGACACCCUGGAGCCUCUCGGACUUAGCAUCAGUGGAAUGGCAAGAUGCCCCUAUGAUCCCAAACAGGCCAAUGUUGCACUUUUUGCUGAUAAUAAACUAUUUACUGGAACAGUCACUGAUUUCCUAGCGAUUGAUGCCGUUAUCUACCGAAGCUUGGGAGGUAGUCCAACUCUCCGAACAGUCAAACAUGACUCCAAGUGGUUCAAAGAACCAUACUUUAUCCAUGCAGUGGAAUAUGGUCGUCAUGUUUUCUUCUUUUUCCGAGAAAUUGCUAUGGAAUUUAACUACCUGGAAAAGGUGGUUCUCUCCAGAGUUGCUCGGGUCUGCAAGAAUGAUAUGGGAGGCUCCCAGCGAGUGCUGGAGAAGCAGUGGACAUCCUUCUUGAAAGCACGCUUGAACUGCUCGGUGCCUGGAGACUCACAUUUCUACUUCAAUGUCCUCCAGGCAGUUACUGACAUCAUCCGGAUUAAUGGGCAUACCAUCGUACUCGCCAUAUUCUCCACUCCCUCCAAUAGCAUUCCUGGAUCUGCUAUCUGUGCCUUUGACAUGGAACAGAUUUCCAGCAUUUUUGAUGGACGUUUCAAGGAGCAAAAGUCCCCAGAGUCUAUCUGGACACCAGUUCCUGAAGAAUUAGUUCCAAAGCCAAGACCUGGCUGCUGUGCGGAACCAGGAACGAAAUACAACUCCUCUAAUGGAUUUCCAGAUGAGAUGUUAAACUUCGUAAAGACUCACCCAUUGAUGGAUGAUACAGUUCCCUCACUAAACCAUGGGCCAUGGAUUAUAAAGACAACCAUCAGGGAUCGACUGAACAAGAUUGUAGUGGAUACAGAGGCAGGCCCCUUUAAGAAUUACACUGUGGUAUUCCUAGGCUCUGAAACUGGGGUUAUUCUCAAAUUCCUCAUUCGACCAACUACAAGUACAAACUUUGUCAAUCGAAGCCUGUUCCUUGAACAUUUUGAUGCGUACAGUCCAGAGAAGUGCAAUAGCAAUGGACGUGAGCACCGGAAAAUCGUGGGAAUGGAGCUCGAUAAGAUCAGUGGGACACUACUUGUGGCAUUUUCCUCUUGUGUCGUCCGUGUUGCUUUUGCCCAUUGUCAGCAGCAUGCCACCUGCAUGAAGAGCUGUGUUGGUACUCGCGAUCCCUACUGUGGCUGGGUUGGAGAUGGACAGUGUGCGUAUUUGGAACCUGGAACCAGCAUUUCAUUUGAACAAGAUGUUGAACAUGGAAAUACAACACACCUGGGUGACUGUGAAGGCCUGAUACAUGAGAGCUUUGUCGAGGAGCCCAAUGGUCUGGUUUCUGUCAACCUCCUGGUGAUCUCAGCCAUUGCUGCCUUUGUGAUCGGAGCAGUUAUCUCGGGGUUCAGCGUCUGUUGGUUCAUUGGCCACCGGGACAAAAAAGACACAGCGAGGAGGAAAGAUAAGGAAACCAUCCUUUCUCACAGCGAGUCUGUGGUCAGUGUCACCAAGCUCGGCGGCAUGGUGGAACGUCGCUCCAGGGGGCAGUCAGAAACUCUGCUCGCUCCCCUGAUGCAGAAUGGCUGGUCGAAGAACUUGAUAAAAACCAGCCAGCAUCACCUUGAUUCCACAGUUCUCCCAACGCCAGAGCAGACGCCGCUGCAGCAGAAACGCAGUGCACGGAUUAGAAGCUGUGAGUGGGAUCAGAACCUGAUUAACGCAAGCCUAAGGGAUCAGCCGUGUGCCGGAUCACCUAUGAUACUGGUUGACUCCACGCACCAAACAGUGCCCCACCAUGUUAGCAAUGUGCGGGUCAUCCCGACUUCCCGCCAUUCCUUCCAUCGAGAUCAGGAGCUGGUGAGUGACAAUAAAGAUGUUAUGGACAACCAUUAUCUUUCGCAUGGUAUGAGAGAACAGCUUGAGAAACCGAGUUCUCACUAUAGGUCAUCGUUGGGUGGGAACGGAGGUAGCCAUGCUUUUGUGGAAUAUUCAGUAUCUCCUCAUAACAGCCCCAAGCGAAGAAGAGGCGCAUCAACACCUGUAUUGCCACAAGACUAUAUUGGGGACGACCCAACCUGUUCCACACAGUGGAAUUAUGAGAAAGCAAAUGCAUCCAUACCCUCACAGCAUGUGAGGAGUCAAACAUUUAGCAGAGGGGAAAGUUCAACAGCUCUGCAGAGAAAGGACCCAGUGACUGUGCACCACGUUCAUCUCCAUCAGUCAGUCCAGUCCGUUACCGGGCAACCUGACCUUGCAAGCUUCAAAGCACCAAAAAAAUCGGGCGUUGAAAGGACAACUUCAGCAAAGUGAAAUGCAUUCUGCUUUCCUAAUUCUUCAUUAAUCUUUGUGAAAAUGUGUGACUAAUGUUUAAAAGCAAAAGUUAACUACUAGAGGAAACCUGGGCAUGGAGACAACAGUGCUCCUUGUACAACAAAGACCUGUCCUCAAAAUUAUGCAUUUAUUUCCUUUGCAAAAAAAUACAUGAGCUUCAGAAGGAUGUAGGGGAGAAAAUUACUGAGGAAUCUUACUGGAUUUCUCUUUACUGCUGCCUUUUCAGGAGCCAUAGUAACAGAAAAAAAUUAUCCUGGAAUUUUAAUUAGCAAUUAUUCUUACAAUUUUUCACAGCAAGAUUUUUAUUACUGCUAAUCUAAUAAAACAAUAUCCAAAUGCAGAAGAUACUGGCUGUGCACUUCAAAAAAAUCAUUAGACUGUCUUAUACAAGUUUCUAAAGUUAAUUUACUUUUACUUCAUACCUUGGCUGAAAUAAAUUCAGCACGAUACUUUGUUUGGACAAGCUGCAUUGGGCUUAAUUUCAGAUUUAUGCAGAUUAGAUUUACAGCAAUACGUUCGUUCAUUAUCAGAAUCAUAGAUUGACACAGCCCAUAAAGAGGCUAUGAGAACAAACAGACACAUGCCAAUUCUUUGGCAGACAUUUUUUGUUUAGCUUUUUCUUGCUUUUCCUUUAUCUCUUCAAUGUUCUUCUUCAAAUUUCCUUUGGAACUUAUUUUCAGUCUGCUUCACUUCCCUUUCAGUUCCUGGCAACUUGCUACAUGAAUGAUUUCUUCCCCAAGUCAUUUCUUGUUCUUUUGCCAAUUACCCAAUGUCCAGGUUAUUGGGCUACCAACCUUUCUAACAAAAGGAGACAAUUUCUCCGUUUUGCUUGUGAAAACCCACCAUGAUUGUGAGAAAAUCUCUUAACUUUUCCUCUUCCAAUUUCUUUGUGUCUCUAGUAACUGAAGUCCUACAAUUUUAGUACCAUUCCCACUAAACUCCCCUGCACCUAUUUUAAGGCCUUGACACCCUUCAGAAACUUCAGCACCAAAAAAUGGCCUCAAGCUUUGUUUGGGGCCUAACUAAUUAAUCAUAAUUUCCAUUCUUUACAGUGCUAUUUACAAAGCUAAGGAUCCUAAAAGCAUUUCAAAAAAAAACCUUCUUUAUUUUUCCCAACCAUCUUCAGAGAUUUGUCAAUCUAAACCCUUGUGGCAGAUUUGUGGAUAUACAGUAAAUCCUUAAGCAACCACCAAAUCUCAAUGUGUUGCUGUAGUGGUCUAGUAAGCAGGCUUAGACAGGAUUCAAAAACACUGACACCUUCCCCAAAUAUUUAUAAGAGACAGUUUAUCCAAAUUUCUUCUGAUGCCCUUUUCUGAUGAAAGAAAUGACACUGCGUCAUAUAUAACUGCAGACCUUAUAAAUUAACCAGAAGGUGCUAAGGGUGAAUUGGGUUUUAUCCACAACCAGGAUUAGAUAAAAUUUCAAGCAACUGUGACUGAACAACAAGCAAAAAACAAAACAGGAUCUAAUAUUGACCGUUCUCCUCCCUCAACCCAGGGCACUGAGGUUAAUUGUACCACUGUCCCAAAAGUUGCUUCAUAUUGCAUUGCCAAUAUCAUUUACCAAGUAACACAUGAAAAUGAGCAUUGAGCUUGUACAUGUUCAAUCCACAUAAUUGAUUAAAACUUGGUAUAACACUCCAUCAACUACUUUCCAGAAAAUACAAAUCUAAAUUGCAAAAAUGAAAACAACAUCAGUCAUUCUUUAACAUGAGAAGAAAGGCUGUGACAAGCCAAAUUUGUUUGUCAUUCAACCAAAAAAUACAAAGGAAGAAAGUUGAUGUUGAAUUUAUAAUGCAAACAUUAUGUCACAGAACCAGCUUCCCUAUCUAUUGGCAGUUGUGGCCGUAUAACUGUCUAGAAAAUAUCCACUGCAUUCUGGAACAGAGACAGUGGGGCAACACCUCUUUAAAAAAAUUGGUGUACUUUUUAAGUGGUGCUGAACGUAUACAGGAAUACAAGACAAACUUUUCUUUCUCUUGGAUUUUAUCCAAGGUUUUGCAGUCUGCUUCCCUUGCUCCAGCAAAUAGGCAUGAAGCAGAAUAGUUUCAGCUAAUAUGUUUUUCAGGAAUACUUGGUAUUUAAAUGCAUUUAUUUAAUUCCAUCCAACAAGAUGAAAGAGAACUUGAACUGAGCUACCAAAUUUGAAGGAAAGCAAUGUUGAUGUUGGCAAAACCAUGUUGCGACAGAAGAUUAAAACACAGAACACACUAAGACUGUUAACAUUAUUUGUUAAUCCUUUUAAUUAGUUCCGUUCAGAUUUGAACAAAAAUCAGAACAGAAAGUUCAAAAGACAACUCUCCUCUUAAACACUGAAUGUGGGAACGGAAAGCUUUGCAAUCCUCAUAUCUCCAUUUCUUUUUAUAAUUAAGAGGAGCUCCUGGAAAGCAGCAGUACACGUUCCAAUGUAAUUACUGUAGCAGAUUGCAAGCACAAACUUUUCACGGGGAAGAUAUUAUUUUAUAAAGUUUUAGAUAAAUUUUAGAAGCACUGAUAAUUUUGAUGAUGGUGUAAUGGUUGAAUUUUGCAAUGACUGUGAAAGACUUUCUCAGUAUUCAUGUAUUUAUGGACUGCACAUUGCGUAAGGUUGGGCAUAUCUAGAAAUGUUAGGGGACUGAGGACAUUUACUCUCAUUUGAAAUUCAACAGAGUACAGUGAAGGGCACAAGAAAUGUUCGUACCACGCCCAAAUGAACUAUGUAAAAACCCAGCUAUGUAAUUAAGAUUCUGUCCUAAUGCACUCAGUUAUGUCUGAAGAAGGAUUUUAAGCAGUGCAACACUAGUAGUGCAGCUCAGUCACUGGCAGAAGCAGUGACGGAAGCAUUUUAAGCUGAUGAAUACAUUAUCUGACACAUGUAGUCUAUUGGCACAAACUUAAAAUGUACUGGCUCAGGUACAAAUAUACCUGUAGCACCUUGGUAUCAAUGACAACAUUGACUUGCUCUUUAUUCUAAGGCUAGUGUUAAUUCCAUGGCUCCCAAUGUGGUAAUUUUCCAUAGGGAAACUAGAACAAUGAUACAAAUGUCUAACGAAUAUGCCAAUUUGUAAUAUGUUUGAAUUCAAUGGCCGUAGAACAACUAAGAUGUUGUGAUAGUGGUGCAGAAUCUGUCCAUGGGUAAACUCAUCACUGUGGAUGAGAGGCAGGAGCGUAUCAUCAGAAUGUAUAUAUAUCACUAGAAGGCUGUUCUGUGAAAGAUGUGUCAUUCUUCCUGCUCCAUAAUGUUUAUUUUCCAUUCAUUUCAAUCAGCAUUGCUUCCAGCUUGAUGGCAACAGUCUGCAUCAGACUUAGUGUUUCUGCUUUAUACUCAAUCUAAAAAAAUGUCCAGUAGCUUAAUUUUGGAAUUAAGUAACAAUGAACGGGCUUGGGGUUUUACAACCAGUGGCAAUCAUAGUGGUCAUUUAAACUAUUUGAACUGUUUUGUGACAUCACGAAGAUUUUUUUCAUCAUACUGUGACUUAAGUAUUUACAGUUCUAUUUACAUAUUUAUCUGUUAGGUCAAAAUUCAUUUUGCAGGUAACUUUCCAGAAAGAAGUUAUUCUUGAACUCUGAUGAGCUUACUGAAGGAUGUUUGAAUCCUGGCCAGGCCUGGUCCCAUAUGCAAUUGAUCAUUAAGAAUUAUACAAAAUGUGUGUGUUGUUUCCUAGCCAGCUUACCCACUCCUUGCAUUGCAUGGUGUUGUGCAUGCCUUGUGUGGGUCUGUGCAAAAUUCUUUUGACAUGGGCUUAGAUUUAGGCAUGGAAUGUAGACAUACCCAAGCCAAACUGAACACUCUGUCCCAACCUGCCAAGCAGGGCAUUCUGGGCAUUGUUUCGGAGCUAGGCCAAGACUCUAAUUCUGGAUGCUAGACUUUAGGGCCAGCCUUUCUCUUGUAAAUAGUAUAUCGUUUACCUCCGUUGCACUUGACAAAGAUUAACAUUCUAUGACAGACUCUGAUGGUCCUAAUUAAACAACUGGGAGCUUGAUUCUGUCAUUAAUCAUAGCUUACUUCAACAUAUUUGCUUAAUUAUAAUUGUUAGUGCAUGAUGUGCAAAGAAGAAUAAAUACAAUUUGCCUUAAGGCUGCCAAAUCAGUUUUCUUGGGCACCAAUUGGAUCCACACCAUUACUGUUACAGGCCAUUUUAGACCUACCGUACACUUUAUUCAUUGGUUGGUCAGCACAUGAUGUACAUCAGACCUGUUAAAAAGAAAAUUCAGUUUGAUGCCCAAUGAGAUUGGCAUAAGCAAUGAAAUUUUACCCGCAAAUCUGAGAGGUGCAAGAUUUGGGAACUAGUUUGGUCUUCAAAAGAUGAAAAUGCUGCUAGUUUGAAAGGAAAGCCCAUUAUUAGAAUGAUUUUGGGCUGACAAGAUAUAAUAACUACAAAUCCCUCUUAAAAAUACUGUGGAGGGAAGGUGAAUAAAGGGACUAUAGUAGUUUAGCACUUGAUUUCUAGCCAUAGAUCACAGGUGUAAGGUACAGGAUAGCCUGUCACUUGCUUGCUUCUUGUCGAGGAGUGUCUUUCUAUGGCCAUUACAUGCAGUGCCACUCAAAAGCAAGAUGUUACCGUUCAGAAAGGAACACAGAGGAUACUCUAUCAAGCCGACUUCUUUCGAAAUGGCUCUCUUUGCUGUUGAUCUCAGAGUGGUAAAUGUGGUGGUUUUAGAGAUGCCCUCAGCUCAGAAUAAGGAGGAAAGAUGGAUGGUGUUGAGAUCUUUGAAGGAAAACAAAAUCUCCCAGUUCUAAUGGGAAGCUCUGUGUGUGCGCGUUUGUGUGAGUGUGUUUGUGUGUCAGUGUGUUUUCUUGUUUUACAAAGAGACUGGAACAACAAUAUGUAAUUCAACUUUUGCUUAUGGAGUAAAACCCCAUGUUAAAGAAACUUCUUUUUAAUGAAAUACCUUUGUUGU